AUGGCUACCAUUGCCCAACAGGUCACCCUCCUUGAGGAUCUCCGCAGAGCGCAGCGUGCGAAUGGCCCCGCCGCCGUGCUGGCCAUCGGCACGGCAACCCCGGCAAACUGUGUGCUACAGGACCAUUUCCCCGACUGGUACUUCCGUGUCACCCGUUGCGACCACCUCACGAAGCUCAAAUCCAAGAUGACAAGAAUAUGUGACAAGUCGGGCACCAAGAAGCGCUAUUUCCACCACACGGAGGAGACGAUCGGCUGGCACCCGGAGUUCCUAGACCGCGCGCUGCCGUCGCUCGGCGCGAGGCUGCGAACCACCGCGGACGCCGCGGCAGAGCUGGCCGCGGCGGCGGCGGGAGCAGCGAUCGCGGAGUGGGGCCGCCCAGCGGUCGACAUCACGCACCUUGUCGUCGCCACCAACUCCGGCGCCGACGAGCCGGGCGCGGACCUCCGCCUCGCUUUGCUACUAGGACUCGGUCCGACCGUGCGCCGCACCCUGCUCUACCUGCACGGCUGCUCGGCGGGGCUCGUCGCGAUCCGCGUCGCCAGGGACAUCGCCGAGAACAACCGCAGCGCCCGCGUGCUCGUGGCCUGCGCCCACGCCGUGCUCCUCACCUUCGGCGCGCCAGACGAGGCCCGCCUCGACGCGCUCGUCACCUCGGCGCUGUUCGCCGACGGUGCCGGCGCGGUCGUCGUCGGCGCCGACCCGGUGCUGCCCCUCGAGCGCCCCGUCUUCCACUUGGUGCAUGUCUUAAGGAUAGAAACAGCAAAGAGUGUAGUGCGUAUAUAUGGGUGGUACUUCUAG